UACUUCACUUAUUCCACGCUCACCAUUCCGCUAGUAUAGGAACAAUACGAAAGAGGAUUCUUACUACUCUACUGUGUUAACUGUUUCUUAAUAAGGGAUUGGGAUUGAGCAAGUCGACUAAAGAGAGAUAUUAUAAUGGCUGCUCUCAAGGCACACGAUGACCUGAGGGCAGACGGUUUGGGGUCGGAGGUUAAUACGAUUGUGGACAACAACGAGCAUUACGCUGAGAAAAUGGAUGGCGAUGCGGAAAACACGGAUUUCGAAGCUGAGAAGACAGAUGUCGAUAGUAGUUCUGGGAAUGCAGUCGGAGUUUUACCAGAGGAUACCCUCUCACCGAGCGACUACCCUGAGGGCCUCCAAUUCUUCUUCAUCCUCAUUGCUCUCAUCCUGUCGAUCUUCAUGGUUGCGCUGGACUUGACUAUCGUAGCAACAGCCAUCCCAAAGAUCACAGAUCAAUUCCACAGCGUUUCGGAGAUUGGAUGGUACGGCUCGGCCUUCUUCCUCACUGUAGCUUCAUUCACCUCGCCCUGGGGCAAGCUCUUCAAGUACUUCCCCCUCAAGUGGGCAUACCUCGUCGCAGUCUUCAUCUUCGAAUUAGGCAGUCUCAUCUGUGCCGUCGCCCCAAACAGCACUGCCUUAAUCGUCGGACGUGCCAUUGCUGGUCUCGGCGCUGCCGGUGUUGCGUCUGGCGCAUUCAUUCUCGUCGCUUUCCUCGCUCCGCCAGAGAAGCGUCCCGCAUAUCUAGGUAUCAUUGGUGCCUCCUACGGUAUCUCCGCUGUCAUCGGCCCGCUGCUAGGUGGUGUGUUCACCGAGCGCCUUUCGUGGAGAUGGUGUUUCUACAUUAACCUCCCCGUCGGCGGCGUAGCCGCCGCAAUCCUCUUCUUCUUCUUCAAGCUCCCCGCCCACGUCAAGCCCGCCGAAGCGACCUUCCGCGAGAAAAUGCUCCAACUCGACCCCACGGGCAUAGUCCUCAUCCUCUGCGCCGUGAUCUGCUACGUCCUCGCCCUGCAAUGGGGCGGCGUCUCCCUGCCCUGGAACGACUCCAAAGUCAUCGGCCUCUUCGUCGGGUUCGCCCUCCUCAUGAUCGCCUUCGGUUUCAACGAGUGGUGGUUAGGUGAGCGCGCCAUGUUGCCGCCGCGGUUGUUGAAGAAUAGGUAUAUUUGGCAGGGCAUGGCGUACUCGUUUACCAUCGCGGGGACGUACUUCUUGGUCCUGUAUUAUUUGCCGAUUUACUUCCAGGUCAUCGAUAAUGUGUCGCCUAUUCAGAGUGGAGUGAGGAAUUUGCCGCUGAUUCUGGCGAUUACGCUUUCGACUAUCAUUUCGGGGGUGGGAAUUACUGUUACGCGACGCGCGAUGCCGUUUAUGGCUGUUGCGGGUGUCUUGACGACUAUUGGAGUUGGAUUGCUUUACACGCUUGAUAUCGGCACUGGGUCGUCGAAGUGGAUUGGAUACCAGGUCCUCGCUGGUCUCGGUCUUGGGUUGGGCUUCCAGGUUCCUGUCUCUGCUGCUCAGGCGACUUUGCCGCAGAUUGACAUCCCCUCUGGAUCAGCUAUGAUUAUCUUCGUCCAAACCAUCGGCGGCGCCUUCCUCGUCUCAGCCGGCCAAAGCGCCUUCGUCGCCAAACUCAGCGAAUACCUCCUCCAGUCCGACGCAGCCAUCAGCCCGGCCAAGGUCAUCGCAACGGGCGCGACGGUCAUCCGGACAACGUUUACCGCUACGGAGGUGCCGAUUAUCCUGAGGGCGUACGUGAAGGGUAUCCAGACCGCGUUUAUUGUGUCGAUUGCGUUGGCGGGUGCGUCUACGAUUAUUGCGUUUGCGGCGAGUUGGGGGACGUUGGAACCGGCGGCGGGAGAGGGGGAGGCGCCGAGGGUGGAGAAGGAGGGGGAGCCGAAGGAGGUGGUGUAGGUGUUGGGGUGGUGGUAUGCACGGCGGACUUUUGAUUUGUGGAAAUAGAAUGUAGAUGGGAUUCGGGAAGACACUCUCCUUAUAAUAUCUUAUUAAUUUGGCAUGGAAGCGGGGUAUAUACGGGUUUAAUAGAAUGGAAAUGGCAUGAGCCGAUGAUUAGCUAUGAGGGACUGCUUUUGAAACAUGGGUGUUCUGUUUUCCUUCGAAUAUUCGGUGGAGGCUGUUUGAAGAAGGAGAAGUUACACGAUGAAAAGGAGGGGUUUGUACGGCAGAAGGAAGCCGACAAGAGGGGGACGAGAACAAUGGAGACAGAGAUAACACGUAAAGGAAGCAAAUACCAUUCACGGCUAAGUGCCUAAAACAAGGGAAAGGUAUUAAUGCUCGCAAGGGUUCUCUGGAAAUCAACAUGGGAAAGUUGAAAACGAGUAAUCGGAGAGGUUAAUUAAGCUCAAGACAGCCCAUAAGGAAGGUCUCAUUAGGAUCAAUCGGAAGUAACGCAGUGAGCUUGCCAAGCCGAUUGGUCCAUUACGGGGGGUGGUGGUACGAAGAUCAUGGGAACGGCCAGGGCUACGUUGGGGAUGGUACUGGGGGAUGGUUGGGCACAGGGGGCAUUACUCAGGCACCUGACAUUUUCGGACAUGCUAGCCGGCGAGGUUUAUCAGACUGCCGAUCAGAAGUAUGGGGUAGGGAGCUUGAGGGAUAUAUGUGCGGAGGAAACUCUCCGUGGUUUAUGUAUGACUGAGAUCGAGGUUUGGGUGUGAGGGAGGUUAUACCAGGUCUCUUAUGGGAGCGAUCCUAGACUGUAGAUAUUUUAUCCGCAAACCGGAUCUCUAUGCUGAGAAGAGAUAUUAAAUGGAAAACUCGUCAACACAUGCUUGCGCCUUAUCAGUUCCAUUUUUCGUGUCUUAUUC